CGUUUCAUUUUUUUGCAGCCUCUACUCUCUCUCAUUUUCUAUUAUCAGAGCUCUUCAAAAAUGGCGAUUCAUUGAAUAUCGAGUGAUUUCGAGUAAUUUUUCAUAGCAAACAGAUACUUAAUAGGUUAUGUAAUUCGUGUGUGUGGUUUUGAUCCAUAUCUUGUGGUGUUUUGUGAGAUUUGCAUCCAAAUCUGGUAACUGGUCGUUCAAUACGGCGGUUUUGUUACAAGAGAUCAUUACCAUGUUUGCGAACAUCACGAGGAAAUAUGUGAAGAAUCCCGUUCGAAGUUUUAGGGUUGAAGAAUGUGAUAUUAAUAAGGUUAGUUUUUUUGAUAACAUAAGUGUGAAUUCUUGUGGAUUGAACGUGUGUUUGAACUUAUCAACCAGUUCGUAGUUUUGAGGCUAUGUGGAAAAUUCGAAUCUAGGCCAGCAGAGCUCUUCUUGAUCUUGAAUUCAGUUAGGCACUGAUGCUGCAUUGUCAUUGUUCCUAAGUUAUUUGAUGGAAGAGGUGUCUUUGCAAGGCCAGGUGAAGUUGGUUGUCCAUGCAAUGCGUCUGUGUCAGUUACGGCUCGCAUCUGAGUCUAAAUAUGAUAUUAAGGGUCCUACCCUCCUGGCUUUGCUUUGUAUGCUUGAAAGUCGUAAAGCCUUUAAUAAUGUCUUCCUUCGGCAUCACUUAUUUUGCAUCUUACAACUGGUUGUAGGGAGGUGUAUAAAGAUCAAUGUAAUCAGACACUUUCUGCCCACAAAAGUGUGCCACCUCAUAGAGACGCCACGUCAGCAAGAUGCCCACCAUGUCACAGAGACGCCACGUCAACAAAAUGCCCAACACGUCAGUGAUAGCCUAACUGCAGUUAACAUUUAGUUGAGUUAAGAGUGAGGGUAUUUUGGGGACAACUAACCCCGUUUUUUUGCAAAACUGUUAUGUCGGAUGAAGUAUGAUCAAUUUGUUACCAAUUUACAAAAGUAUGAUCAUUUUGUAACUGAAUUAAAAAAAGCGUGACCAUUUUGUAAAUGGCCCUUCUUUUAUUUGCUUCUUACUCAUUUUAAGUAGCAAGUCUGUACAUUCUCCCUCUUUUAAUAAAAUCUUAUUCUUUAUC